GAAGUCUUACAUCAGCAUCCCCGGCCGUUGCCUUUACAGUCACAAACACAGCAAACAUUUGCUUCAUAUAAAGUUUUCUUUUUCGUUCUUCUAUCUGUUCGACCCCACUUCUGCGGGUAUCUUGAGAAUCAUCUGUCUCCGACCUCCACAAUGGCACCAGAAAACAAUACAAACACAGAUGACUGGGAGAAAGCCGAGGGCGUUCCGAGCCUAACCGACCCAUUCAUUCAAAAAUACCUCUCAGGCAGAGACGCUUUGGUAGAGCAAGAGAAGAAGCAGCGGAGUGAUUACCUGUUCCGUCAAAACCUCUCCCCCACCGCUGCAGAAGCCAGCGCCAUUGUCUCUCAGAUCCGCUUUUCGGAGCAGCAAACAUUAUGGACCAAGGAGUACGAAGACAGCUUGGUCAGCCAGCACGUCGAUGUGUAUCCAGGAAUGAUGUUCAAUCUGGCUAGAGACCGCAUGGAGAAAAGCAAGCUCUGGAAAAUUGUUAAAAAGAUGCCCAAAGGAGCCCUUCUGCACUGCCAUUUGGAAGCCAUGGUCGACAUUGACUGGGCGCUCGAAGAAGCUUUUGUGACCGAAGGAGUCUGCUUGAUUAGCGAUGCACCCCUUUCGAGCGAACAGGCAAGGCUCAAGACGGGUUUCUCCUUCACCUACACCAAAAACUCCGCAAACAGCCAGCUUUCGAUAUGGAGCGAUGAUUACACGCCCUCCACCAAGAUUCCGCUGGUGGCGGCUGCAGACAGUUUCCCAGACGGCGGGCGCAAAGGAUUUGUGGAAUGGAUUCGAUCGCGCGUCACCAUCACCCCGGAUGAGCACCUCAAACACCACGAAGGCCCCAAUGAGGUGUGGCGCAAAUUCAUGUCUUGUUUCCCCAUCCUCGGAUCUCUCAUCUACUACGAGCCCAUCUUCCGCAAGUUUAUUCGUAAGAUGCUGCAGGUUUUGCUCGAGGAUGGCGUCUAUUACGUCGACAUGAGAUCCGCUUUCUACACACCGUACCGCCGCCUCGGGCAAGAGGACUGGGAUCCUGAUUUCCUCGGCUACUGCGAGCAUCUCGAAGAUGAGAUCCAGAACUUCAAGGAGUCGGACGAAGGUCGCGAGUUCUGGGGUGCUCGCAUGAUCUGGACUACCAUCCGCGCAUUCAACAAGCGCAUGGUCAUUGACAGUAUGAACAAAUGUAUCGAGACCAAGAUCGAGUUCCCCGAAUUGAUUGCUGGCUACGACCUCGUGGGGCAAGAGGACAUGGGUCGUCCUCUCGCAGACUUGACUCCAGAGCUGUUUUACUUCCGCAAAAAGUGUGCUGAAGAAGGUGUCGACAUCCCCUUCUUUUUCCAUGCGGGUGAGACACUAGGUGAUGGUGACUCGGUGGACGAGAACCUUUUUGAUGCUGUACUACUCGGUACACGACGCAUUGGACAUGGCUUCUCACUCUACAAGCACCCGCUUCUCGUCGACAUGGUCAAGGAGAAGAAGAUCCUCAUCGAGAGCUGUCCCGUUUCGAACGAAGUAUUACGGUUAUGCGGAAGCAUCAUGUCGCACCCACUUCCCGCGCUGCUUGCUCGUGGCGUGUCGUGCUCGCUCAGCAACGAUGAUCCUACGAUUCUUGGCCAGGGCGUCUCGGGCAUGUCGCAUGACUUUUGGCAGGCACUGCAAGGUUGGGAGAACCUUGGCCUAGAAGGGCUGGGCUCGCUCGCGGAGAACAGCGUGCGAUGGGCUAGCUUCGAGGAUUACACCCCACAGGAGUGGGUGGCUAGCGUCAAGGAUGGAAGUAUGGGUAAAGGGGAGAGGGCAGAGAGGCUAAAGGAGUGGAUGAGGCGAUGGGAGAAGUACUGCGCGUGGAUUGUGGAUGAAUUCGGCGUUGAUGAGAAUGUAGAGACGGGAGAGUGAUUUUGCUUCCUUUGGUUCGCAAGCUUGGAGUCUCUUUCCAUCUCUUCUCAUUCACGGGCUGCAUGGAGCAUAGAUGCAUUUUCUCAACGAGUCCUCUGCAUCUAAAAAGACUCUUUCUUUAAUAGUCACACGAGGCGAAGUUCGUGUUAAGAAAGUCACAUUCAACAUUUCAAAAUCUUAAAAUGCAUACGUGCAACACGAAAUAACAGCACUAUAUAGUACAAAUCAACAAAAGAGAAACACUAUAGCUUUACAGAAAUAAAUCACAACCUCCGCUCUCCAUUAAUCCCCACACGUUCAAACCCCCCAAACCCCCCGCCCAAACCACUCCCCAUACUUGCCCAACCAAGCCCCCCUAGCAUUCCCAACCGCCUCCUCAAGCCUCGCCGCAAACUCCCUCCCCCUCUCCCGCUCCUCCUCAUUCG